AUGCCUCGAUCUUCAUUAGGGCUUCUGAUGCAAAAAGAUUUGAACGCAAAAAUCGUGCUUGGGGAGCGAGGGGUGGAAUAUGCGUGUCUGGCAAAGGACAUUUAUUGGCUUGGGUCAGGGAGGGGCGGCGACAAAGAGGAUGUUUUCCCCCCUCAGAAAGAGGACCUUGCUGUGGGAGCCCUCUACGGACGAGUGUGUCAGCAUGAGGUUUAUGUGCUCGUCGAACCCCUCGAGGAUUCCUGCAUAGACCUCUCCGCUCUUUGUCUUUAUUUCGACCCUCUCGUUCAAGUACAUCUUCAGGAAGCAGAACGGGUCGAGCAUGGAAGUCGUGGGGCCUCUGGAAAAUUUUGUUAUUGGGGAUGUGUGAGGAGGCUGUGGACGGAGGUUUCUGGAUUUAUGGGGGGAGUGUGCAGCCCUUUAUGA